AUGAAGCUAAAAACCCUCCUAUUGCGGCUGUUGCUAAGCCUCAUAUCGUUGGUAGUGUUUAACGAGUUUGUUGUUUACUACAUCGUGCUCUUAAAAUGUCAAUGGCCCACAAAACCCGUGUCGGUGAAUGGGAUGGAACCAGUUAGCGUGAUGCUGCUAGCGGAUACGCAUUUGCUUGGACCCGUAAAGGGCCACUGGUUCGACAAGCUACGCCGUGAGUGGCAGAUGCAUCGAGCCUUCCAAUCCGCCAUUACACUAUUCCAACCAGAGGCUAUCUUCAUCCUGGGCGAUGUGUUCGACGAAGGGAACUGGGUCAACCAAAAAGAGUUCGAUAUCUAUGUCGAACGGUUUCGCAAAUUAUUUCACACGCCUCGAGGCGUCGCACUGCACAGCAUUGUAGGUAAUCACGAUAUAGGCUUCCACUAUGCUACCCGGCCCAAUUUGGUGCAACGUUUCGGAGAACAGUUUAACAAUACGGGCGUAUCGCUGAUCAGUUUGCGGGGCGUGCACUUUGUGGCGAUAAACUCGAUCGCGAUGGAAGGUGACGGCUGUUACCUCUGUGAGAAGGCAGAGAAGGAGUUGAAAUCGAUAGAGACAAUCUUCAAAUGCGGCCGAGGAAUAGGCCAAUGCAAGGAUGUACCGUUGCUGGAGGAGUACAGCAGACCGAUAGUGCUGCAGCAUUUCCCCAUGUAUCGCGAGUCGGAUAAGGAGUGCCAGGAGCAUGAUUCUCCUCACGUCGACCUCUAUCGCGAACGGUGGGAAGUGUUGUCGAAGGAAUCGACGGACCUGAUUGGCGAUUUACUCAACCCGCGGUUGGCUUUCAGUGGCCACUCGCAUCACUACUGCCAUAUGGUGAAGAAUCGUUUAAAGAUAGAAGAGUACACGUUGCCUUCGUUUAGCUGGCGCAAUAAAAACAAUCCCAGCUUUAUAUUGGCUCGCAUAUCAUUAAAGGAGUACACCGUUUCGCGAUGCCGCAUGCCGGAAGAGAACACCAUUUUAACCAUAUACCUCGUCGGAGGCAUUAUUAUACUUCUCGUGUCCACGAUAAAGAUCGGCGGAUUCGUUGGACAGCUGGGGUCGUAUCUUUGCCGAGGGCGCAAGGAUUACAAAAAACUUACCAAAUAGCUCCUUACUUAUCCCACGUUCCGCUUAGUGUGUAAGAAAAUUAG